UCUCCCCAGCCCUGUUGUCACCGUUAUUUCUCACGCGCAUGCGCGUUGGCGCCUGUUUCCUGCUUUUCAAAUGAGUACCUGUGCUGCGUUUUUUUGGACCCACCUCUGACUGACUGUGUGUGUGUGUGUGUGAUCAGGAUAUAAUCCUCCGUUUUUUUUCUCUCCCCUCAACCCGCUCUCUCACCCACUCCCGUUAUUUCAGAGCGCUGUAGGUGAAAUCCGUCUUUACCUGUCCGAGGUAGCACACCUGAGCGGACUCACCUGUCCACCGAAACACGUCUCUUUCCUUUUUUUAUUGAGUGCUGCAAAGAGAAUCGGGUAAAGUGAAAGGUGUGUACGGACACAAAAUAGGAGAUUAAAGCGGGACCAAGUUUGCGAAACGAGAAGAAAGGUGUAAGGAGGACGGAGAAGAAGGGACCGACACCUUCCAUUUUUUUUCUCCUUCCAACUUUGGAGUUUCCUGCUUUUGUAACUUUUAGUUGACUUCACGUCGCGACAAGCGACUUCGCUACCAAACUCCAAAUAAAAGGACCGAGUAUUAAUUAAUCAUGCCGAAGACCUUUCUGGUGAAAAAGUCGCAUUUUUCGCCGGUGAAGCGAAACUGGAGCGAACUCCCCGAUCAUGAGCGAGGCGACGUCUACGUCCCAGUCUCCAUCUACCCUUCGCCCAUCCUGAUGAUGGAAGCCGAAGCCAGCCCCGCCGAGAUGACUCCGCUCUGCCUCACCAAACAGUCUCUCUCCGACACGCAAACACACGCCGAGCUGCCGUCCAGCACGAUGCUGGGCCGGCCACAGAGCCUGGCGCCGUCAUCGGAGGGGAGGUCAGAUCUCAGGAGGAGGACGCAGGGUGGCUCUACAUUCGUCCGGUCCAAAAUGAAGAUAACCACAGGCGAUUUACACCCCGACCCCUCUCCUCUCCCCCUCUACCUCCCUCCCAUUCCCACCCUGACAUCCCUAACGCCAAACGCCACCGAGAUGCCAGUUGCCUCGACGACAAACCCGGAACCCAUGGAAGCGGUCUCCAUGGUGACCAGAUCAACAGGUCAAAGUCAGAGUUUGUUGACGGGGCCGACGGGGACCUACGUGUGCCAGGUUUGCCAGAAGACCUUCUCGUACCAGCGAAUGUUGAACAGACAUCUCAAGUGUCACAAUGACACCAAGAGACACCUGUGCAGCUUCUGCGGCAAGGGCUUCAACGACACCUUUGACCUGAAGAGACACGUACGCACACACACAGGCGUCCGUCCCUACAAGUGCACGCUCUGCGAAAAGGCCUUCACCCAGCGCUGCUCCCUGGAGUCCCACAUGAAGAAGAUCCACAGCGUCACCCAGAAGUACGCCUACAAGGAGCGACGCAACAAGCUGUACGUCUGCGAGGAGUGCGGCCUCACGGCGGGGACUCAGGAUGAGCUGCUGAUCCACCUCCACUCGCUUCACCCUGACAGCGCCCUGUUGAAGGGGAAGGCUGCAAGGAGAGCUGAAGGAGGAAGAGAGGAUGAAGGAUCAUCGCCAGGCUCUCCUCAAGGAGCGGAUAGUGAUGAUACCUCUGGAUCAGCAGGGCAGUAGAGGGGAGGGGAGCCUCAGGACAUAAGGACCUAUAAGUGAAGAUACAAUUCAGAUUACAUAGCAGUGGGGAAAGGAAAUGUGUAUAUACUGUAUAUGUAUGAAUGUGCGUGUGUAUGGAUUUGGGAUUCUCUAUCACAGACUGCCGCUUUAAAUGAAAUGCACCAAAAAAGGCCAAGUCUGACUUUGACUAGCAUAGGCCACAUUCUUUUACAUGGGAUUGUAACGUGAGCUCAUUAACAUGUCCGACAAUAUCAACAUUGUUUUCUUAAUCUGUAUUGAAUGUAAAUAUUUCCUGUGGGCGUCUUUGUACAGCAAAAAAAGAGAAACGAUUUUUUACUUUGUUCAUUAAAAGGGAGUAAUAUAUUACAAGA